AGAAAAGAAAGGAGAUUGAAAUUUUAAAAUUUUUCUUUUUUCUUUUUGUUUUUGUCAAGAUGCACUUGGGAUUACUAACACAAGAACGAUUGUCGUUUGAUCCUAUUAAACCCUUGAUCCUUCGAGGACCGCCUUCAGAAGACUCUUCCACCGUAUUUACGGGCAACAUUGUCUUAUCCUUGUCUAAAUCUACCAAAGUAACAAGUAUUACUGUUACUUUCAAGUCAACAGCUACUACUUACUGGCCCGAAGGAAUUGGUGCACGUGGGACACGCUUAACCUAUGAAAAAACAUUAAGCGAUGAAAGCGUUGUAAUUUUAGAAUCCAAAAAAAAUGAGUACAUCAAACUGUCUGCUGGUAUUCAUCGCUUCCCUUUCGCCUUUAUUGUACCUAAUUCCAUUGUGGAGACAAUCGAAGAUGUAUAUGGUCGAGUAAAACAUACAGUGGAUGCUCAUGUAAUUGGUCCAGGCAUUCAAUUGCUCAAUAACUGGCAUGUCUCUAAGCCUGUAUUAGUAUUGCGUACUUACAUGUCAGACUCACUAUUGACCAACAACUCAUUACAAGACCUUUCUCGUACUUAUGAAAAACACCUACCUAUUGUCGAUGUUCAGUUGGUUGUAGAACGUGCUGCCUUUUCAUCAGGCGACCUUUUUUUCCUUAAGCUAAUUAUGCAACCCCAGCGAAAGAAAGUCCGUCUAGACCAUAUGGAACUCAUAGUGACCGAAAACAGACGUUACCAUGUUGCCGAGGUACAUGCCAAUCGCACAGACACAGAACAAUUCCAGUUGCCUUAUUUAGCGUCUGUUAGGCUAGCCGAAAGCGGUGAGAUAUUGAACGAAAUCGACAGUCUGAAAUCUGUAUUUACAAAAAAUGGACGAGGUGUUGAUUUGACAGACACUAUUGCUUAUCGAAUCACAUUUGCCACACCCACUUGUAUGCGAAACAUCCACCAUACGACUUAUUACAAAGAUAUUCUAUUCAAGCAUCAUCUCAGUAUUAGUAUGGCUAUUUCUUAUGUAGACGAUGAUGAUCCAACCUUAUUUCGUCCUGAAUUAAACUCGAAUCAUAGUAGCAGCAGUAGUCUUGGAGAAGAAGGGUUUAUGGUCAUGCCAUCAUCAUCUAUUGAGCACCAUGCAAAUGAAGCCAUGUCUGCAGUAGCACCACCACCUGCAGCAUUUGCCAUGUCUUUUACCAACACGAACACGCAUAUAAGACAACCUGUCAUUAACGUCAACACGUCGAAUCCUCCUUCUGUUUUCUAUCCUCCUCCUCCCAUACCGUCAUCUCAACAUCCAACUCAGCCUACAUGGCUAUCCAAAUUGCGAAAACCAGUCAAUGCUAAAGAAGGCGGACGGCAUGUAAUCAGGAAGCGCGAGACAAUCCGUUUAGAGACACCCAUUGGUGUGUUUGAUUGUCGACUAAAAGAAGACUAUGGUCGCUUACCUUCAUAUUCAGAACUCAAUGUCACAGCUCGUCCAACACAUAAUGAUGACAAGAAUAAGAUACAGCCUGAUAUGGUAGAGCAAGAUUUGAUGCUACAAUGUAUGCCAGAUUCUAAUCAACAAAAACCUUUUAAAGAACCUCAACCACAAUUGUGUCCUUGUUAUUUUAAGUUUAGACGCCAAAUGGAAAUGGCUUCUCAGGCACAGUUGCUUUCUACCAACAGUAAUACAAACACAACAUUAGAAAGAAUACCGUCUAUCCCUCCGCCCGAUUAUGUAGAAACAAUUAACUAAUUUAAGCAUAAAUACCCCAAUUAGCAUUCAAUUUCAUUUUAAUAACAAGCACAACUGUGUAAAGCAUAACAUUGUCUUCAAUUGAUUUGUCAAUGUCAAAACAAUAGCAAGAAAUUAAGAUCAGACAGUUUAUUG